AUGGAAGCAGCGGCGCGGAGGCGGCAGCACCCGGGCGCAGCGGGAGCCCCGGGCGCGCAGUCGGGCGCCUACUUCCUGCAGACUAGACAUGGCUCUGUCAAGGCUGAUGAGGCUGCCCGCACGGCUCCCUUCCACCUUGACCUCUGGUUCUACUUCACUCUGCAGAACUGGCUUCUGGACUUUGGCCGCCCCAUUGCCAUGCUGGUGUUCCCUUUGGAAUGGUUUCCCCUCAACAAGCCCAGCGUGGGGGACUACUUCCACAUGGCCUACAACAUCAUCACACCUUUCCUCCUGCUCAAGCUCAUCGAGCGGUCCCCCCGGACCCUGCCGCGCUCCAUGAUCUAUGUCAGCAUCAUCACCUUCAUCAUGGGCGCCAGCAUCCACCUGGUGGGCGACUCCGUGAACCACCGGCUGCUCUUCAGUGGCUACCAGCACCACCUGUCGGUUCGGGAGAACCCCAUCAUCAAGAACCUCAAACCAGAGACGCUGAUCGACUCCUUUGAGCUGCUUUACUACUAUGAUGAGUACCUGGGCCACUCCAUGUGGUACGUCCCCUUCUUCCUCAUCCUCUUCAUGUACUUCAGUGGCUGCUUCACUGCCACCAAAGCUGAGAGCGCCAUGCCGGGGGCAGCCCUGCUCCUGGUGGUGCCCAGUGGCCUGUACUACUGGUACCUGGUCACCGAGGGCCAGAUCUUCAUCCUCUUCAUCUUCACCUCCUUUGCCAUGCUGGCCCUUGUCCUGCACCAGAAACGUAAGCACCUCUUCCUGGACAGCAAUGGCCUCUUCCUCCUCUACUCCUUCACCCUCACCCUCCUGCUGGUGGCACUCUGGGUUGCCUGGCUGUGGAACGAUCCCGUGCUCAGGAAGAAGUACCCAGGCGUCAUCUACGUCCCUGAGCCCUGGGCCUUCUACACCCUCCACAUCAGCAGCCAGCACUGA